UCUCCUCCGCUGAUUCACUCGCCUCCUGUCCCCACCACAUCCCAGCCAUGGUCCUGGUUCUGCAGCUGCUACCGCUGCUGCUGUCGAGGGCACAGGGGAACCCCGGGGUUUCCUUGGACGGCCACCCUGGGGACCGGGUGAAUCUCUCCUGCGUAGGGGUCUCGCAUCCCAUCCGCUGGGCCUGGGCGCCUAGCUUCCCAGCCUGUAAGGGCCUGUCCAAAGGACGCCGUCCGAUUCUGUGGGCCUCUUCGAGCGGGACCCCCACUGUGUCUCCUGUCCAGCCGUUUGCUGGCCGCCUACGCGCCCUGGACCCUGGUAUCCGGCGGCUGGAGUUGCUUCUGAGCGCGGGGGACUCGGGCACCUUUAUCUGCAGAGGCCGCCACGAGAAUGAGAGCCGUACGGUGCUUCACGUGCUGGGGGACGGGGCCAAUUGCAGGGCUCCGGGGCCUAGCCAGGGGUCCGUGUAUCCCCAGCUCCUGAUCCCACUGCUGGGUUCUGGGCUACUGCUGGGACUUGGGGCGUUGGGCGUGGCCUGCUGGCAGCGCAGACGUUCGCCCCCGCCCCCGCUUCGACCAGUCCCCAGAUUUGCUCCACUCGUGAAAACCGAACCCCGGAGGCCAGUAGAGGAGGAGCCUAAGAUUGCAGGGGACCUGGACCAGGAGCCGAGCCUGCUCUACGCAGACCUGGAUUGUAUGGCCCUCAGAAGGCACCGCCAGUUGUCCCCUGUGGUCCCUGCUGAUGCCUCCACCAUUUAUGCAGUUGUAGUUUGAAGGAAAGCCCUUACUCCAAACCUCACAGGCUGGGGUUCCCGGCUCCCCCCACCCCCAGCCUCUCUCCUGGAAAAGGUAGACUGGGAGUCAGGACACCUGGGUUCCAGGCUCUGCCACUGAUCUUGCUCCUUCAGUUACCCCGCCUCUCAUUACUUCAGUUACUCCAUGUCUCCUUCACCACUGCUGUCCUCUUUUAUCUAAAACCUCAUCCACCCCUGAUAGCUAGGAGACAUCAACCACACCUAGAUAGUUGUCCCAUCUCUCCCCUUCCCUCCAGUCAAGCUUUUUGAACCAGAGGCUUGCACCUCUCUCUUCCACUUUCUUUUCCUUCAUUCCACUCCCAUGAGGUUGCCACUGAUGUCCUAAUGGCCACACCCAGUAGACAACUUUUAGCAUUCAUCUGGCUUGGCCUUUGAUCACUCCCUUCUUUAAACUGUUUUUCUUUAAUGUUGGUGUGUUCCUUUUGGAUUUCUCUUCCUUUCUCCCCACCCCCAUAGUAUUCCCUACCAUUCUAGGUUUGUCUCUUUAUCUGCCUUCUCCCUCUUCUCGGAAGCUGUCAUCCACAGCCAGUCCUCGGCCCUCACCUCAACAAAUGACACCCAGAACUCUCUCCAGCUCAGAUCUCAGGUAUGGGAUUUCCAAAUUGUCCCGCAGACAUCCCUGCCCUAGGCCGUUUGCACACAGCAUGUCCAAAACCCAAUUUAUUGUCAUCUUCCGAGCCACUUACUUAUUCCUCCUCUGUAUUCUCUCUUUAUCAACCCAGUUGCCCAAGCCAGAAACUGGGAGUCAUGCAGACUUCCUCCCUCUCACUCACUCCCAAUGAACCAAGUCCUGCCAUUCUAUUUUAACAUCACUGUUAAAUCCACACCCUUCUUCACUCCUAGCACUGCCACCUGAAUGUAUUCUCAUUUCCUCCUUGGAUUUCCCAUGGCCCCACCUCAUCCUCCUGCCCUUGCCCUCCUUCCUGAAGCCAGAGAGAUCCUUCCCAAAUCCUGACCUGCUCCUGACAGCCUGUGUUUCAGAACUGUAGUAUUGUUUUCCUUAACCUUCAGCUCUAGGCCCAUGGGCUUUGGCAUGGGGUACAAGGUGCUACAGCACUCUGCCUACCUACUCUUGAGGCUUAACUCUGUCACACCACAUGCCAGCCUUAGAGAAAUUCUCCCCAGGCCCCAAUUGCUGUAUGCCAUUGUCCAGUGCUACUCCAUCUUCAUGGAUUACCUUUUUCUCUCCUCCCCACUACCUGCCUGGCUAAUCCUUAUUUAUCCUCAGGACUCAGUUCAAGUGUAGCCUUCUGGAAUGCCAUUCCUGACCCUCUUGGCCCCCCUGCAUACAUUUUGAUUCCCUGGAAGUUCCCUUAUUUCUCUCAUAGUACCAGCCUCUCAUGAAUUGUUCCAUCACAACCUGUAUUUGAAUUUGUAAGAAAUUUUCAUGUAUUGUGUGCUCCCUGAUGUCAGGAGACUGACCCUUUUCAUAUCACUGCUAAGCCUCAGUAAAUGAUUGAAUGAAAA